CCAUUAUAUUACGUAGUUCGUGACAUCAGUCGGAGUGUUACGGACGCAGAUGUUUCAGGGUUCAACACACAUGUAACAUCAUUCAGCAUCCGGUCUUCAUUUUUCAUCAUCAUACUGAAAGUGGACCUGACCGUCGUCAUAUUGCCGGAGCUGCACACACGGCACCUCCAGAUUAAAACGCUCCAGGAACUGUGCGCCUUUAAGGAAGCUAGGUGUAGUUAGCAUUGCUAGCAUAGCCGGUGAACUUUCACCACCGCCGCUGACUGAGUGGGCGAAGACGCAACUUAUCAAAUUCGAGUGAGCAAACCGGAGCAGGCAGGUGGACCUAACGUCAUAGCCUGGACGAACUUUGAACUCAACAAAGUCGAGAUUCGAGCUUUCGGAAGACGACACAUUAGCUGUGUGAGCAGUCAGUCCACUUCCUUGUGUCGUUCGAGGUCAAUCUGUAGCGUUUGUCUGAAAGACAGCCAGCUGUUACCGGGACACUAGUCAUGAAGAGUCUUCCCUACUUCUGCCGCGGAGAGGUCAUUCGAGGAUUUGGAAGAGGAAGCAAAGAACUCGGUAUUCCCACAGCCAACUUCCCAGACUCAGUGGUGGACAACCUUCCAGCAGAUAUCAGCACGGGGAUCUACUAUGGCUGGGCCUGCGUUGGUAAUGGUGAUGUGUAUAAAAUGGUGAUGAGCAUUGGCUGGAACCCUUACUACAAAAACACCAAGAAAUCCAUGGAAACUCAUGUGAUUCACAAAUUCAAAGAGGACUUUUAUGGGGAGAUUCUCAGCGUCGUCAUGGUGGGCUACAUCCGUCCAGAGAGAACCUUCGACUCGCUUGAAGCCCUCAUCGCGGCCAUCAACAGCGACAUCGAGGAGGCCAAGGUGAAGCUGGAGCUCCCGGAGCAUCUCAAACUGAGAGGCGACAACUUCUUCACUAGCACGGCCGGCUCCUCUUCAGUCUCGCCCACCACAGCGUCCGCGUCACACACCAUUAUGAACGGUCACUGACAGCUGGCUGGGACAGCAGUUCUUUGCUCAUGCACUCACAUAGACCAGGAUGACAGUUUGUGUAUACAUAGAGGUUUGUGUAAACAAUGCACAAUUUCUUUUCUUAUGUCUCCACGGCUGAGCACGGACUGGAUCCUAAAUAACCCAUCACUUUUAUUAUUUUUCUUUUACUUUGUCAUUGUUUCUGUCUUAUGCUUUUGUUGCAGACCACCAAUCACUGAAUAGAUCAUGUUUAUUUGUAUAUAAUCGCACCAGAUUGCCUCUUUGGGCUCUUGCUGGUCAGACUGUAUAUUUGAUAUCUUGAACAAGAUAAAGGGAGUCCGGGAUGAUGGUGACUACAAAUACAAGUGGUUUUGUAAUCUAGUACAUAAAGAACAUAAAGUCAACUCCAUCCAGCUAAGGUGAAUGAGAUGUGGCAUACCUAGUUCUUUUCUGUUGAGGUUUGUUUCUGCCUCAGAUGGUUACAGAGGGAGUCUGGGCAUUAUCAUCUGUAACGAAAACGCAGGUCACUCUUGGACGACAUUAUGCAACUAUGGGGCAACUUGCAAGGCAUCGGUGUUGAAAGAACUCGUGAAAUUCUGUCCCCCACCCAGUCAGUGUAACACUAGCCUCGAUAAUCACUGCCCCGUUCACUGCGUGAACUUCUUACAUUGUAGAGAUUUGAUUUGGAUUCAUUAUGCAGAAAAAAACAGAUGAAUACUGAAGUGUAUUUAAAAGCCUACAAAAUAGUCAUUUAUUUAAUUAACGAAAGGAUAACGAGUCCUUCACCAUCUGGUCUUUUUCAGUCAGGAGAAAAUUGUAGAAGAACACUAACACUAAAUACAAAAGCAAGGCCUUAUGCAGGAUUGAGCAUUUGCUCUGUGAGUUUGUUACAGAUAUUAUAACACUGAUAUAAAAAGUUUUUACAUUAGCAGGAAGUUUAAAAGUGUGUGGACACCAAUUGCCGCCAUCAAACUGUGAGAAGCAGAAGUCUGAACAGGAAUAAACCUACUGUACGGCCUCGUUUCCAUAUAUCUGUAUUUCUUCUUUUCCUUUAUCUUUCAAAAUGUUAAAAAAAAAAAACUCUUAAAACUGUUGCCAGGACCCCGAAAGAGCGGCGUCUCUUUACAGUUUUAUACGCCUCUCUGUAAAACUGUCACAUAACUACAAAUAUCGACAAUUAUUUGUAUCCCUGUAAAAAUAGUUUUAAAGGAAGAAAUGUGUAAGUCUACUUAUGUGAUUUUUUUUUUUUUUUUAUUUUAAGUCAGAAUUAUAUUUCAUAGUUUAUUUCAUGUUUGUUUAUUCUUGUGUUACUUUGAUAGUCCUAUAAGAUAUAGGUGCAUUUCAUGACUGUUGUCAUUUAUCAUGCAACAGUUGUUAUGAUCCCGUCACAAGAAGCACUUCUUGAUGUUUUUCGCCAGCACCUUUGUUUCAAUGUUCUAUAUUUUGUUUUGGGACUGAAGUUAUUAAACGUGCUGCUUCGUCAAACCUCUCAAAGAUUUUAAGAAGGAAGAUUUCAUUACGCCCCUUUUUGACCCGGCUGUGUUACUGCAGUAACGUUUUCCAGUCUCUUUUGUUGCAGUUUAUUUAUUCUAGUUUACACAGGGACCAGGGUUAUUGCAGCUGAAGGUUCAACAACUCUUUUACGUUUUCAUUCAUGUGUUUUAUAUAAUUUAAUCGAAUAAACAAUCUGAGCAAAAUGUA